AGUGUUUUGCUUUUGUUUAGACAUGAGGAAUAUGAAAAAGCAAGAAAACUUCCUCAAGGUCACUUUAACAGCUCUUUUCAAGAGUCUGAAGAAAUCCCGCCAAACGCUUGACGACAACAACUACCAGGUCGGAGACUGGCCUGAAGGUCCAACCGGUAAUUCCGGAGAUACCGAUUCCAGCAAGGUACUGGAAAUAAGGAGUGCUUUGUCAUCGGUGCUGGAGAAUUUUGCGUUAUUUUGUGACCUGGUAUUGUUUUUCCCAGACUACGUGCAAGCGAGGAUGAAGUUGAAGACGUUUAGUGGGGAGAAGAGUGCAGAUCCGGCUGCGGAGACAAUAGAUACAGAUACGCCCUCGACCAUUAUUAAGUGGGCUGUGAUGGUAGCUAACAUAGAUCAGUUCCUCUUCUCAGAACAAGACAGAGAAAGAACCAAUCUAGCUUUGCAGCAACUCAAGCUCAUUCCGCGCGCCGAUGACUUCGUUAAUCCGAACUCAAAAGAGUUCAAAGUUGAGAAGCUAAUGAAAGACUUGGAAAAGGACAAGACAAAAAAAGUUGGAAAGACAUUCGAGAAGUCUCAAGCGAAGAAAAACAAAGAAAAGUUUGAACAAAAACGGAAGUUGACAAAAAACAGCAGAAACAAAAAUGAGCUCUGAAUGAUAUUUUGGUUCAGGUUGCUUUCAUUUGAAAUAUCGUAUUAAAGCUAUCAUUUUUUUCUUAAAUCAAUUGCUCAAUUAAUGAUUCUGUUAUGUAUAAAAUGUUUUUCAACGUAAACUCUAUUAUAUCAUUUGUAAAAACGUAUCAAUACA